AUGAACGAUCCAAUGAUGGAGUUGCCACUGGUGAUUAAUAGUCUAAUGGCCACAGAUUCGACGUAUAUUGACCAACUUCCAAUAAGAGAAUAUUUCACCGAAGACGUCGAAUUUCGGCAUCCGUUGGUCGUGGUGAACAGUGACGCGAAUUCUCGGGAGAAUAUGUUAUCGUUAUACAAGUUUUCAAAAGGUCUUACGUGGAGUAAUCGUAUUGAAGUGCAUCAAGUUUGGUUUCACGAGGCAAAAAAGAUUGGCUUGGUACAAUUCACACAACACAUUCAACCAUUAUUAUUUCCAUACUUGAAUGUCACAAUGAAAACAAUCGCACAACUAGAAUUCCGCCUCACAAAAGACGGCAGAAAAUGGUUAAUUUCGCGUCUCGAAGAUGUGAUUCCAAAUGAAGAUCUAUUGAAUGCGGUGAUCCCACAUUCGCGUCCUUUCGUAAAUUAUUUUAAGGCGUUGGGAGGACUGGCUGCUGUUGGAGUUGGUAGCAUUUUUGAAAAAGUUGGGUGGUGUUAA